AUGUUUGCCCUGCGCGCGACCGAUACUGCGGCAGCCCGCCGUAUCGACUGCCGCUGGUUGGCCGGCGCGAACAGCUUCGGGAGAUACCUGGCGGCGGCAGAGCUUCAGCUCGGGGCAAUCCAGCUCGGGGGAGGCCGAGCUGUAAGUUGCACCCACAGUUUCCUUCUGUCCUACACGUCCGUCUACACCGUCUGCGCAGCUUCACCGGGCCAAAACAAUGCAUUCUUGAUCAACCCGAUCUCCAAGCCCAUGGACCCCACGUGGGAAUACACCCCACCUUCUUCUUCAUUCCCAGCCACUGGAUUCCCGAAGCCUCGAAAUGCCCUCGCGGAACCCGCCAGGACCCAGGCCCGGAUGGCCCCCUUGUCACCGGUGCACCGGUUUCGGACACAGGCCUUUGAGGCAGACCAAUACGGGCAUGGCGAACCAAACACUGCCGGGUCUGAUCCACGUCUUCGUCUGCCGUCGGCCAUCGCCCGCGCGACUUACCAGCGAGUGCUGGCAGUUCGGGAAGAGAGGGGGCAAACACACAAGUUGGUGGUCACAACCCCAGAGACCAAGGCCGUCUAA